GAAAACGUUGAAUAUAAAAAAAAUUCCUCAACUCAUCAUGUGUAUGAACAAAACAAACAACGUAGGCCAAGUUAGUACUGGUUUCUAGUUUAUUUGGUGUCUCUUUUUGCCAUUUGCACACAGACUAGUCUACUUUCCCCCCACCCCCUCACUCACUGAUUGUUCCCGAUCUCUUGUUUUGAAAAAAUCUGUUGACACUUUUGCCAUGGCUGAUUUUGCAACAAUAUUAGCGGACGCAAAGGUUGACAAUUUACAUAAAGUUGUGCAAAAUGGUAGACAGAAAUAUUUGUGUUUUACGUCCACAACGCAAGAAUCAAAGGCUUGGCUUCUCGAGGUUUCUGAUGGUAUAGAUAUCUGGUUGCUCGAGCUUGAUCAGGAUGAUCUUGAGACACAGAAAGACCUGAAUAAUACAGCAACAACUGAUGCUUUUCUGACUAGAAUAAGAAAUGGCUUCACUUCUGGGGACAUCAGCGUAGCACGUGUGGGAACAAAGCUCACUUUGACUGUCGGAAAAGGAGGAUCAACAAUUUCCCUCGACCUGUUUGAGGCCAGAGCUGCGGAGAAGAAAAACGAGUUCCAGUCUAUUUUGUUUCGCCUUGCAGAAAGCUGUUCUCACUUGGAAACCCAGCUGACAGCUGCCAAUCAACAAGUGGACGCUCUCAAGGCUCAGAAAGCGUCAGGCCGAGGGAUAGAUGCACUAAUGGACCUCAGCCCCAAGAAAGGAGCAGGCCAAAACAAAACUAAACAGAACAAGGCUGGGAUGAGUGUUAUAAACCCCAGCAGUCGGAAGAGAAAAGCGGCUACGGGUGUUGUUUUUGGGGACUAAAUAGAUUUUAACAAAACUCCAUUUUGUAGAUUUAGAACUUUGGGAUUAAAAGGUGACAGUAGAAUUAAAUUACAUCAGGUUGAUCAUUAGCCUUUCCUUUUUGGUUUCUAGUGCAGUGGAGAUUACUGAAUCUGAAAGCAGUUUUUAAAUCAAUACAUCUGAAAGUAAUGGUAGUCCGAAAGGGAACAGAAUCCUUUUUUUGGGUAUUUUUUUCCUUCUUUGUUUGUGUAAGAAAUCUACAGCUUAAGCAAAAAGCUCCUAUUUGUGUAUGUAAAAUAUUUUGAGGUGUAUGUUGUCUAAUUAGUAAUUUGUCACUAGCAACUACUCAAAUAACACAGUUAAUCAAGUUUUUCUUGCUCCAAUAUA